AUGUCGGGCGGCACGGCGGGCGUCCGUGGCACCGGCGCCGAGUGCAGGAAGUUCGCGCCGAACAUAUUCAACAAGAGCAAGUGCAGCAGCUGCUUCAAGCAGAAGGAGGAGCACAGCGCGGAGGCUCUGGAAUGCAACAGGGCAACGAGGAAGAUUUCAAAAUGCGGAUACCUGUUCGUCGCCCCAGGCUGGGACUUUUCGAAUCCGCUGAAUCGGACGAAGAGAUGGCAGAGAAGAUGGUUCGUUCUCUACGACGACGGAGAGCUGACGUACUCUGUGGACGAGCACCCAGAGACAGUUCCUCAAGCGAGGAUCGACAUGACCCGCGUACUAGAGGUAGCUGCUGCUGAGGACAUCACCGGACAUCCGUACAGCCUCGCGGUGACCUCACCGGAAGGUGUUACCUUUGUGAAAGGCACGUGCCGUGAGGAGACUAGAUGGUGGGCUGACGUGCUUCAGGUCUAUUCGAGAAAUAAGGGCCGGCACAAGAGGAACGCGACGUUCCCUGGAGGUCAGACCACCAUUCUACAGGUCACUCCGACCAUCAGGAGCAACACUCCGAACCCUCCUCGACCUCGGUUCAACAGCUGUCGCUCAGAGCCACGAAGCAACACAUGGAUACCGGAAACGAGUGCCUCCACGGACCUCUGUUCUUCCGUGUUCUCCUCCUCCCCUUCUCUGGUAACCAGUAGCGUGGUCACAACGACGAGCAAUGCCCCGAUAAGCAACGGUAACGCUGAGAACAGCAACGAUCAUCGAAGUAGCAACGUGUCACCGUUGAGGACCAGUACACCAUUGGAGAACGGUGGUUCCACGUAUUUGCCGAAUGUACCGUCGACAUCUUCGAUGAAUGGAAGUGUUUCUAACAGUACGGUGUACUCGACGACGUCGACGUCGACUACUAUGUCUACGGGAAGCUCGUUGACGGAGAAACCGCCUAUAGCACCUAACGAGGGUAGAUCGAGCUAUAGGGACCAACCGGCGAGUAGCGCUUCCCCGCCGACCAGGGACAAGCUUCGAGCGGAGGACAAGGCCAGACGUAGGAUGAAUCAGCAUGGAGAACGAGCUGGGACCGCCUGCUCUGGCGAGAAACUAGACGAUGACGCAUGUCGGAGGAUCCUGCUGGAGCACGAGAGAGAGAGGGAGGGUAAAUUGCGGGACAUCGCGGCCUCCUUGACACAGCCGCGCGUCAGAAGGAGCAAACCGAGGACCUCUGAGCCCACUAGAGACGUCGUCGACGCGGCUAACGCUGCUUAUCAGGACAAAUUCAUCCGAGGUGAUCCAGACGGAUGCGGCCUGGACAUCUCCGGCAUCAGGUACUCGCCCACCUCCGAGCUGAGAGUGGACCUUCCCGCGGAGGAUCUGUUGAACAUCAAGAAAGGCUGGUUGAUGAAACGUGGACUGAACAAGGAAUGGAACAAGCACUGGUUCGUGCUGCGCGGUUGCGGCCUCAUGUACUACCGAGAUCCCUGCGCGGAAGAUAAGGGUAUCAUGGACGGCGUCAUAGAUCUGAAUACCGUUACCGCCGUCACGCCCCUUCAAGUCGCAAGAAAUUAUGGAUUCCAGACUGUGGCAUGGGACGAUCGAGGAUCCACCGUGUUGUCCGCGGUCACAGCUGGCAUUCGAGCCAGUUGGAUGUCUGCUAUUCGAAGGGCCGCCAAUUUGCCUGAUCCGGAUAGUAGCAGCGAUUCUCUGACCGUUUGUCAGGAUGGACAGCAAGAUAACACGCCGCAGUCGCCUACAGCAUCCAUCACAGACCGAGAGAGAGACUCGGUGGUCCCAUCGACCUCUGUAACACCGCGCUCAGUCCUCUUCUCUUCCGACGAGGAGUACAGAACAGCGUCGGAGGGAGGCAGACGAGAGUCCGGCGACUGGUCAGAGGUUCCAGUGUCACCGCCUCUCGUGAGAAACGGCGACUGGUCCAGUGGACUGAAAGGAUCCAGCUGGUCUGAUUCCGCGAAUCACGAGUGGUCGGAGCUGCCACCGUCACCGCCGUUGACUAGAACAGCUCUGUCUCGAGUCAAAGCUCGAUCCAGGUCGAGCUCCAGGUCUAGAGUCUACAAACGAAGUCGCAGCUCGCCUCCGAGCUCCAGGAGAAGCACUCUGGACAGCGUGAGAUCCGAGGAUCUCAUGAUGGCUUGCUGCGAGCUGGGAGAAGACGAGGAACAGACGAACGGACAUAUGCAGAGCAACAGUUGUCUAUCGAGCGCGAACGAGAGCCCUCUGAUCGUCGAACUGCUGGAGAACCAGGUGUCGAUGCUGAGGGACCAGCUGGACCAGAAUCAGUCGCACCCAAGCACGCUACUAGUCAUUAUCGAGCGUCAGGAGAACGAGAUCGAGAGCCUGAAGUCGCAGCUGAACACAGCGAGGGCGGACGUCGCUAGCGCCGAGAAGGAGCUGUCCAGGCUGAGACAGCAGAAGGCCGAGGCUUCCAUCAGGGAGAAACAGGUGGACGAGCUGUUGAACACUAUUCAGAGAACGGAGCAACAGAGGAACAAGGAUCUCGAGGACCUGGAGAAGAUGAAGAAGAUGUACAAUAGGGAUAAGGAGAUGCUGGAGUGUAAAUUGUUAGAAACGGAGGCUAUUCUUAGGGAGACCAGCGAGAGGUGCGAGAUGCUUAGCAAAGAGCUGGCUUCCAGUCACAGGACUGUCGAGCAUCUGCAGUCGGAGAUAUCUUCUUUGAGCAACAGGUUGUCUCAAGGAAUAGACGAGAACGAGCGAUUGUACAGCAAGGUGAGAGAACUGGAAGAGAAGGGUGGACUGUCUUCUUCGAGAGAACGAGGGAGGAGCUUCGAUUCGUUGAGCGAUCUGACCAACAUCGAGCUGGAUCUGGACUUGAAUUCGCUGGAUAAGGAAAGAAUUAUGGAGGAGUACGACGAGCUUCGAAGCCGCUUCGAGAAGGCAAUUUUGGAGAUACGAGCGAUGCGCAAGGAGCUCCGCGAGGCUCACGCGAUGCAGGAUGCUCUGGAGUUGGAGAUCUUCGCUCAUAAACAAGACGCAGCGAGUGUCAGCGAGACGAAUCAGGCUCAGAUACAGUUGAUGGCAGCGAGAAUCCAGGAUUUGACCAACAAGCUCGCCGCGAGCGAGAAGCAAGUGAGAACGUUGAAGCAGAAGCUGACGAAGGCCGAAGCGAGAGACAAGAGGAGAUCGCUGUCGUUGAAGGGUCGAGAGUCGUUCCAGAUUUCACAGGAGAUGGAGGACAAGCUUGUGGACCUGGAGAACAAGAUCUGCGCUAUAGAGCGCGGGAAGAGCAUCACCGCGGCCGUGACGACGGGAAGCAGCUCGAAGGAGUCGAGUCCUAAUCCAAAGAAGGAGAAGAGGAGGGAUGGGAAGAGCCUGGACCGCACUAGAUUGAGAAGAAAGUCGUUGGACAGUGCGACGAGCUCGGAACCGAUGAAGGUGUUGAUCAGAUUGAGCACGCUGGAGACAAAGGUAGCUAACGUGACGGAGAACAUGGCGAGCGACGCGGAGAAGGAUUCCAGCGAGUGCAGCGAGGUCAGCGGAUCCUCUACCAGCGAGGUAUCGCUCGAGAUCAUCGCGAGGCUAAGGAAACUGGAGAGAGUGGUGUCAAAGUCGAAGAGACGGCUGGAGAAGUGUUUAGGUUCGACGCAGGCGGAGGACAAGGCGGAGAAGUGUUUGCGCGAGGUGAACGACAUCCUGGACUCGUGUUUAGAAUGUAAGAAAAACCAAGCUAGCGCUCAAGUGACGGAGUCAGUAGGCGUAGUGGUAUCUAGACUAGAGACUAUACUUAAAGAUAAACUGAGCGAACUCACGAAGAGACGGCAAACGCUCGAGCAGAACGGCCAGCUGGACGAUCGUGCGAAGAUGAGAUUGAUCGCGGAGAGGGUCGCGUUCGAGUUCGUCGUUCUGAGGCAGAUCAGGUGCGCGAUCGGCCGGACAUUCGACCGUAGUGCCGUUCUCAGUGAAUUGGUCGAAACUAGUCAGCUUGCCUCAAGCUUAAUGCGUAAGAUUCACGGAACUAAGCCCAAAACGUACCAAAACACCAGUUACAUUCAGUAUCUUACUAGAGUGUUAGCGAAUAAGUUAGUACUAGUAGGCGGCGUGGCCGCAACCGAGACGACGACCGAGUUGCCAGCGGCUCGCAGCGAGAGCCUGAACUUCCUGCUGCAGAAGCAGCGAGAGGUAAAUGAGGUCGUGCGUAGAUACAAGGAGACGAAGUUGAGGCAGCUCGCGGAGGCACUGGCCGCUGAAACUUUGAGCAUGUCCGAGCAGGAGGAUCACAACAAGCAACAGGUGAUCAAUUCUAGUAAAAAAUUGCUGGAGGAUCGACGAAUUCGCGAGGCGUGGGCGUUAGCUCAGGAAACGGUGAGCAAAGAGCUGGUACAGGCUGAGGUGUCUCACGUGAUCAUGCGUUGCGGUCAGAUGUACGAGCAGAACAUCACCGGCAUCACCGACGCCUGCCUCAGCUUCGACAGCGGUGAACACGUCACGCUGGAGUCUUGGAUCGACGCCGCGCAGGCGAGACUGCGCGAAGAGAUGGAGCUGUCGACACGCGAGCUAUCCGAUGUAUACGAGGAGUGUCUUCAUCAGUUGAAGAAGAAGAAGUCAGCUACCGUAGAGUCGAAGUACGAGUCUAGACAGCUGUUGACAGACUACGCGGACGUGAUCGCGCACAAAGCUUUAAUAGACGCCAGAAUCGGGCUUCUUCAGGAGAACACGAGACAGUUGACGAGCUUCCCUGGGGAGACUUUCGUAUCUAGUCUAAUCCGGAACGACGACGUUCUAUCGUGUCUGUUAGCCGCAGACGACCACGAGUUCCAAAGCAAUCCGAUCCUCGACGCGGAGUACAGUUACCUUUAUCAGCAGUUUAGCAAGGAGUGCGAAGACAGGAUAACCGGCUCGAAGCGUACCUCGAAGGAGCAGUUGAAGAACGUGGGUCAGAGUUUAAUCGGCCUGGAGGAGGAGCUUGUAGAGCUUGGUAAACGCGUUCGAGAGAGAUCGUGCGAAAACAGGGAGAAUGUCGCUCCUUGGACAACCACGAAGCCGACCACAGCCACCGUUAACGAUUGGUCAAGCGUGUGUGAGAAGUGCACGCAGCUACGCGAGCAGAUCAAGAAGUUAAGCGACUACAUGAACGGCGUGACUUGCAAGCAGUGCGACCAGCUGCAGGAUACCAUUCAGAGGAUAACGGCGGAGCACAACGAGGAGCUGGAAACAUUGAAACGCAGUCAGGAGAGGGAUUUAAUGGAUAUCAAAGGGGAAUUAGACAGUCAGAGGCAAUCUUUAACCACUCAGUACGAACACGAGGCGGCCAGUCUGCGUGAGAAGGCGAGGAAACUGGAGCACAGGCUGAACGCGAUGGACUCGGAGCAUUCUGCUCACGUGAACGAACUUAGAGCCGCUUAUCAACGAUCCAUGAGCGCUGAAUUGGACACAGACGCCGAGACGAGGAAGAGAUACAAGGAGGAGAUCAAGCAGCUGCGUGCUCUGUGCGAGAAAGGCUUGAUAGCCAUGGAGAACUCUCACAGACGUAUCAUAUCCGAGAUGGAGGAGAAGCAUCGACAGGAAUUGGAGAAUUUGAGGGUGGAGAAGGAGCAGGCUCUGUCGGAAGAGACUCAGGCUACUUUGGCUGCUCUGGACGCCAUGAGGAAGGCUCACGAGCACGAGGUGCAGAAGGAGAUAGCUAAAUUUAAACAGGAAUUUCUCAAACAGAUGCAGGCACGCGAAGACAUUGGCGUGCUUCACAAAGAACACGAAGAAGAGAUGGAGGAGAUCAAGCAGGAGAUCCUUUCGUUGUCCGCCAAGUACUCCUCGAAGUGCGUGGAGUCGGCAGCCUUGGAGGAGAAGGUAGGAUCUCUGACGAAGCAGCUCGCUCAAGCGCAACAGCACAUCAUGCAAUUGGACGCGAGGAACAAACAGCUGAGGGCUCAUCUGGUGUUGGAAACGAACGACACAGGGAUCAACGACACCAUGCAGUUGCUAAGAGGCAGGGACAACGAGAUCAACGAGCCGAGGGAGGAGAUUCAUCGACUGCAACAGUUGAAGCAUGGGGAGGCCCCUCGUGAUACGUCUGGUGUGCCAUCGAAAGCUACGUCGCUAGGCUAUUCGCCGCCUUAUUCGCCGCAGCGUGUACGGAGUAGCCACGAGCCGCUACUCAGAGCUCAGUCGUGCAGCGAGGAGACGAGAACGCCUGGCGAACGGCCAAGAAGCUCGCUGUCCACGUUGCAAAAGUGCACGACGGACAAGCAACAGCAGUCCGGGUUCUCUUACAAGCUUGAACGCGUUAAAUCUGUCUCGUUACCUUACUCGAGUAACAUGGUUAGGCCGGGCAGUAGUUCUGCCGUGGUGGCGUCUUUAGACAGAAAAGAGGUGAGCUUAGGUGAAAAGAGCGGCCAGGAGCGUAACGGCCUGGCGUCGUCACCGUUGUGGGACAGCCUCAGACCUAGGAGCGGACUGCCCCAUCAGUAUCAAGGUGGCACAGCAGAGGUGCGAGUCGACGGUGGCUGGCAGGACGGCGACAAAAUCGAAAAGCAGCAACAAUCACAGGCAUACAGCCUCCGUGCCGACAAUCCUCGCGCGUCCCGCCUCACCCCGGAACCCCCAGCUCUCUCCGUUGCAGAGCUGAUGAGGUCUCCAGCAGUGAGGUGGUCCAGCAGAAGUUGUCGCAGCUUGCCUCCCACGCCCACGCCGAGUUAUCAUCACCCGCUCCACCCCCCACUGCCAGCGGUGGGCAUGGUCGCCGAGAGGAAGAAACGUUUCGAGCUCUGAAUUAAUUAACCAUCCACCCACCCCUCCCCCAGUGUCGAUUGCUACCGCGGAAUAAAUUCAUCGAUCAUCACGCGUCAUCGAUCAG